CACCUCGCACAAUAUCAACAAGCAAGAAGCUCUUGUCAAGUGAAAAUGAUGAAAAGUUUGCUGAAAUAUCAAGCCUGGUAGCUCAAGAUUAUUUUCUCGCUAUGAGUUUUGAAGGAGCAUUUUAAUUUUUUUCGUCUGAAUCAAAAUUAUUUGCCGAAAGAGACAAAAUGCCGGUAAAAAACAAGGCAUUGAGUGAGUACAAGAAGAAGUUCCGCUGGCAUGAAUCUGUGAAAUCGUCGUCCUUCAAACCCUCUCCCGAGCAGAAGUCACCAACUGCUGGUCUAUCGUCAGCUGAUUUUGGCCAGCAGGAGCCCCCAUUACAGCACAAGCGCUAUCCUCUCCCGCCCAACCAGAAGGUGACCUACACGACCCAGCAGUUCUAUGGCGAUGUCACCGGGUCAGACGACGAAAUCGGCAAGAGGAAGGGGCUCGUCAUCGGGGGAGGCAAGGGCACGGGGAUCAUACCCAUGACACCCCUGAAGACAUACAAAAUCGGAGGGAGCAGGGAGGGAAGUAGCAGAUCACCCAAAGCCCCACAGACAAAGCCAAGUAAGAACAAAGAACCAAUUAAGAACAAGACGUACACUGCAGCUAGUCUGAAGUCUGCGAAUAGUCACGCGACUUCUGCCAUCAAGGGACCCGCAGACAGUGCAGAGACCAACGUCAACAAUAACAAGGAUGUCAGUUCGCCGGGGAAAAGAGACACCAGAGAGAAUGCAGUACACACCUCCAAGCCUGCACAUAAACACACAACAAAGCCAAACGUUGCCCUGCAGUACCAAGCAGGCAUCAAGGACACACGACCCAAGUCAGCAAAGUAUCUCUCAGAAUACCAGCGAAACUACGAAUGGAGGAACGCUCUGCCGAAGGAAUCCCCACUCAUGGCUGCAGAACAGAUGGUGUACAAGUCUCAAGCCAACAUCAACCCCUUCGUCCCGGACAAGAUUCCUCGACGUAGUGAGUACAAACUGCAGUUCCGAGACUGGUCGCCGGUGCGGCGCCGGUCCUCCACUGCCCACCAGCAGCUGAUGGAGAACGCCGAGAGGGAGAUCAAAGCCAAGUACAGGGUCAAGACUAAGAGCAAGAAGUCCAAGCGGUCUAGUCUGACUCCAGACAAGAUGCGGCCAGCGGGGGUGCCAUCGAUGUACGCACACGACGACCUGAAAUUACUGAAGUCGGCCCAGAACCCAGCUAAGCCGUUCUUUCCACAUUCCACCACCAUAAGAAAAUGGAAAUCGGAGUACGCGUCCAACUUCAAAGAACCAGACAUAUAUCGCUACGAGAAUGGCAUAUGGAAAGGGGCAGACCCUCCCCACAUCACACCCAAAGAUGAUAGCUCCGUAGACAGGAGAAAUGCCCAACCCAACUGGUUUGCAGAGGUCCUGGAGCUCCGUCAGAAGGCAGACGACUACCGCAAGAGGGCCCGGGGAACCCACUUCUCCCGGGAGCACCUGGCGCAAAUCCUGGCCAGCCAGGCCCGGCUGUGGGACGAGAGCAGCACGGCCACUAGCACGGUCAGUUCACUGUCCGCGCCGUCUGUCGACACUGGACUUAAGGACAGAAACAAAGACAACCAGGAAGCACCAAUCAGCAAGCCAGCACCUGUCAGUAAGCCAGCAGAUUCACCGCCAGUGAAUAGACGCCUUGCAUGGCCACAGAGCAACAACGAUGAAGUCAAAAAUGGUGCACCGCAACCUUUGGACGAUGGCGAUCACGAAUCUAGCAUCGGCAGUAUCCCAACGCCAGAGGGCUACAGAGGGUCAGCCACACCCAGCUCGGACGAGGUUGAGACCAUUGACGAGCAGGGGAGGCUGCCCACGCCGAGACUGCGGGAAGAGGGGCUGUCCAAACGGCACCACCUGGACCGUACCACUCCAGCCACAGGAGGUGCUGUCCUGACCUCCCCUCAGCCAAAACAUCGAUCCGCGUCACCUCCAAGGACAGCACCUGUCACUAAUAACACACAACCAGCUCCAGUCCAGAUAUCGCAGGGUCACCGGAGGAACAUCAUUCCUGGUGCGAUAACCCAAGGCUUUGCCUACGAUAGCGACGAGGACUCGGAAGACGAACAGUCAGUGACACCCAGGGUGACAACGCCACCACCCAAACCGGAUAUGAAAACGAGGAUACUAAACCAGCUUUCAGGGUCGCCCACAGCGGGCGUAACCACCAGGGACCCGGACCCCAUCCGGGAGAGCUUAGCCCAGCUGCCUCACUUCCAGAGGCACUCCAACAACUACUUUGAGACCAGCCCCGCCCUGCCCGUCAUGCCCAGGAAGAUUGAGCCCCCGCGGACCUGGGCCGCGGCCCCCCGGCACCAAGGCGAGGCGCAGGGCCAGAGCUCGAGACUCAAGGGACGGAGCGGAGAGGAAGGAGGAAAGACAGUCGCGUCGGGUACCCAGACUCUGCUGAAUGGAAACAGGCAGGGGCCAACACAGGCUCCUGGAGUCAGGGGUCCACUGGAUAGGCCUAACUCUGGAAGCAUGCACGGCAGGCCAAUGACGGCACACCCUCAAACAAGGGAGGAGGCCGAGUCAAGUAGCUACAACAAGGGCACAAUGAGAAGCCUCAACGACCACCAAGGGGACAACCCCUCCACCCAGGCCCCUAAGAAGCGGAGCGAGGCCUGGAUGGUCCCUGCGGACCCGCCUCAGGGCAGGGCAGAGCCCGACAGUCCCCUGUGGAGGUCUUCUGAACGGGACAGCGACGAGUUAUCGCUGUCCACCAUGUCCAUUGCCUCCAGCUGCUCCCUUGCCUCCGAGGUACUGGAGAGGGCACGCAAGAGGCGGGACGACUUCUGGGGGAAGUAAAAAAAAAUAUAGGUUUUUAAGAAUUCUUCUGAUUCAGAGUUUACUUCAAGGUUCCGAGGUCCGAAUCUCCCGAAACCAUUUUUUAAAGCUGCUUCUAAAAGCUCACAGAAAUAUCCAGAGACCUUACUCCAGAGUCCCUAAGGUAUAUGAAAGUGAAGUCUCAAUUUGUCAGAGGUGGGAUUGAAUCCAAAAUUUUAUUUUUUUAUGAGAGCGAAACUACCCACUUUCCCAAAUUUAUUUGUAUUCGACUCUUGAAUUCGCUCGCAUUUGAUGGUUUGUAGGGUUUUUUUGCGGAUUAAAUUUACUGCACUGUCAACUACCCAGUCACGCUUAUGUACCACAUCCUUUGAGUUUCCCCCCCCCCCUCAAAAAUUUCCACACAACAUAACCCCAGAUGUUCAAAUACAGCUGGAUAAAGUUAUCUCCCUCCCCGUUUUUCCAGUUUCCCCGCCCACCCUUGAACAUAGCUGGGUGUGUUAGACACCAUCUAGCCACACAGACUAUAUAUGCUGCACAAACUUACACUCUGUGCUGGACUUUGAAAUAAGAUAUUAAAAAGCAAAACUUUUUGUCUUGUGAUGUUUAUUUUCUCACAAGAUCAAUCAGGAUGACAGUUCCAUUGUUCUUUCCAUGUACAGAACUCAGGUAUUUUUCAGAGCGGAGACAAAUCUACCUGGCUUUCUCGUGAAAUGUAAAUGGUAGUUGGGCCCAGUUUGUUUCGAAAAGCAAUGCUGAAAUGGAUGCAGAGGUCACGGGAUGCCCUGUGUAAUUCAGGCCUUAUGAAUCGGCCGAUUGGCUUCUGUUUUUUUUUUUCCUUCUUCUUUCACAUUUAUUUUGGCUGGAAAAAUAUCAAGAAUUUUUGUUUCCUCAAAGAAAAACUAUAUUCCAGAAAUGAGUGGAAAUGUAACCUUUUUUCAGUGACUACUUAAUGCACCGCAGGAACAAGUCAGAAUGAUUUUAUUUGAUGUUUAGUUUGAUAUGUAGUAUCAUUAUUGUCGAAGUUGAAUUUGUUGGAACAUUGUAGUGAUGUCACUUAAUCCUAGACUUCCUGCUCUGUCAAAAGAGGGAUUUAAAGAGAAAAGAUCUACGGUACCAUCAUGAGGGUUAUUAGAGUCAUUGGCGGAUCUGGAACGGGGCUGACGCGCCACCAUCCCCUCAAAAACGAAAGGCCCCCCAAAAAAAUCUUCAAGAAAAUACCCCAUUUCUUGGGGCCCCCCCUCCGUGACAAGUUUGGUUUGGAUGCACCCUUGGCAUAUUUGAGUUUGUACUCAUUUUUAGGAGAAGUAAUUAAGCUUUUUCUCAACGUGAAAUGUUUGUCAAAUGUUGAGUGAAUGACCCCCAGCUAAAGAGUACAGGUAUUUUGACAUUUUUUCUUCAAGUAUUGUGCGUGUGUAUUCGUGGAGAUGUGGGGUUUUUUUCACCAGUGCUUCAUUUAUAUGACAUGUACAUGUGGUUUGAGUUGUUGACUCAAGAAUUUUUAUUUUUUAAGUUUUACCUUGAUUUGUAUACAUGUCCUUACAUUUAUCGAAAAAAAUGUACAAAAGUUGUUUUUAAGUUCUCCAAAUGUUAGACUGGGAAGUACAGUACAGUUUGGUCUCUCAGUAAUAGUACACUUCUUGUAAAUAUAUGUAAAAUAUUUUUACAGUACAGAUUAGAAUUUUUAAUAGGAAAAAACCAGAUUUUUCGAUUUUUUUCUGAAAUUGAUUUGUACUGCUGUUAGAAAGAAUUCGGUGAAGAAUGUACAUAAAGAGUAGACAAACAUCGAGUGGAUUUGAAAACAUCAGGGAAUUUUUGGAAUAAUUUCAAUGUAUAUUCAGCCGUUUUUAAAAAGGUAAAUUUUUGUGCGAACUUUUUACGUAUUCUCGUCUCCAUACCUUCAUGUGUGCAUUUUGUGAUGUGUGCAUUUGAUAGAUUGAAUUUACAUUUCAAAAACUCAGCUUUCUGAAGCUGUUAUCAUUAGUUGGAUAAUAAACAUGUACACUAAAGUCAUUUUGUGAUGUGACCUUUUGUGUCUGAUGGAAUAAAUGUAACCUACUACA